AUGGCCGCCUUUGUGCGAGUGUCGGGGCCUGCAAAUGGCAACUUUCUGAUCGGAUACCCGGGGAUAUCGGCGACCAUGCCACGAAUACAGGGAAAAGUCGAGAUUAGACCCAGCGUCGGCAUCACGGCCCCCGUCAACGUAUCGCUCGUCACAGUAUCUCUCGUCCGGCGAGAAACGAUCCACCCGUCAGCAGACUCGGUCGCAAAGAAGCGCCUAGCGCCUCCUAGGAAAGACAUCUCCGAUACCGUUGGGAAAGAAAUGCUCCUUUUCCGUUGUCCGGCUGGUCGAGAGUUCGAGGAAGUUCUAUCAAUGGACCUGCCGUUCGUCCUAUUUAUUCCCUUCGGACGGGGCGGACCGGACGCAUCUAGACGAGUUCCGCCGGCUAGCUUGCAGCUGCCCAGUCGCACCGCGGAAACAUUCUACGAGAUUGUGGUGAUGGUGCAGCAAGGGCAUUCGGACCAGAGAAAGUAUUCGUUUCCGGUUCCUAUCGCACGGUAUGACACGCUAUCGACAUUUGGGAUGUACAAUCGCCCGGAGUCUGCGGAAAGUGUAUCGGAUCAUCUGGUGACGCUGGGUAUCUCCUUACCGCGGUGGUCAUAUGGCCCUCUCGAUCCCGUCAGUGUCUACGUCAAAUUGUCCCCGAAUCCCGACUGGAUCAGCAAGGCCAGAAAGGUUACGAUAAACAAGAUCACCAUUGGAAUUGAUGAGGAGAUUAUCUACAACCACGAGGGUGACGAGCCUCAACGUAAGGUCAAAACGUUAACGAAACGGACGGAACCAAUUGGCGUGAAGAUGCCUCCGACUGGAUUUCUGACGAAUAUGGGUCUAGUGUUCCCAGCGAAGGAUAUGCGUGAUGGAGAGGGAAUCCUCCCAAGGGGCAAGUCAGGAUUCCCCACAUACGCCGUUAGCGGGUUUACCACUACAGCAACCCUCUAUAAGAUUGAAUACUAUUUGACAGUCAAGGCCCAUCUAGCAUCCGCACGAGAUAUUGUGAUAAGACAACCAAUCGUCGUCUGCCCUCUCGAUCACGCUGGAUGCAAAGAGGAAAUGGAAGCUAUCGAACAAGCAGCUCGAGAAGCCGCCCACAUCAACCCGGACAACCCAUCAUUACCCUUACCUUCAAUAGUUCGACCCACGGACCCCAACGGCCUUCGACAUCUAGGAGUCGCCAUCGUCGGCAAUCAAAAGAAGCCCCUGAUAGAUUAA